AACAGACAGUGCCCAAGAAGUAACGGCCCAUGCAAUUAUCAGGGGGCGGCGUUGAUGCGCUUGGCGGGUCGAACCUCUUGCCCGCUUAGAUGCUUCUUAAGCUGGUAUGCCGGGGCGGUCUCACGGCUUUCUCGUGAAUAGCGAAGAAGAAGCAAAAGCACAACAUACAUAAGGCUGUCAUUGUUUCAAGACAUUCUCGUUUCCACAAGGGAUAACCUACUCCAAUAUACGGCGUUAAAACGCGUCAAGAUAUGCUUAAAUAUGUAUACCCAUUUGCCACGCUGCUCCCUUGCCUGGUCCCUUUGCCCCCUUUCCGUCUGGGCAAUCUUGAUGCGCUCCGUUGCGGCUUCCAUGGGCUAUCACCUCAGUGGGUCUCUCUGCUGACUGGGUACAUAUUGAGACCCAUCGAGCACAUUCAUCGAUGGCCUUUACAGCAGAGCCAGAAUCGCUUCUUACAUCGCCGUUUGUGGACAUUGGAUUAUGCACUAUGGCUCUAGUUCACGAGCACAGUGUAAAAGCAAUUUCUGGCUUCGUCUGUGGAGGUUGUUAAGAAGGUACCGUUAGGGCCUGAUUAUCUGGAAGAAGGUGCGCGUCCGACCCAACGGAUUGGUCGCCGAGCGUAGAUAUCAGUGAGACGAUCAAGUUCGCCAUGAGCACGGAAAGACUAGAUGCACAAAUCAACCAGCGGCAAAACAACCAGAACUAGUUUUUAACCUCGCC